AUGGAGGCCAGCUAUCAAGACCUUAGAAGCUCUGCCACGGUAUCUCCUUCACCGGAGAUCAGUGAUCAAGCUAUGUACCAGAACCGCUCUCAUUCUAACCCUUCUAUCCAAAAGCAUCUAAGGAUGCAUUGCACCUCGCAAAACCAUCCUUUUGAUCAUAACCCUAUUACUCCAAACCAAGAGAAUUUCCUUUCUCCAAUGAAUCAGAAUCAGAGUAAUAUUACCGGUUCCCGCUGGUUGAAUCCAACCCCGGUUGAGACCGCUCGGCCUGGUAUGGAACACCUUGCCUCUUCCAUGGAGAGACUUUGCUUGUCCAAUCCUUAUAAUAGUUACACAGCUGGCUAUGAUUUUGGUGGUAAUAACACUUCGCAACAUUUUCUUCAUGGUGUCAAAUACUCAGGUUUCUCUACUCUUUCACACCAUGAUCACCUUCGCGGUACUAUAAAUCCUCGUUUAUCAAAUAAUGGGAUUAGACUAGGCUGUCAUGGUUACUAUGGGUUGAAUGAUCAGCGUCACAGUUUGAGUUCACUUGAAGAUGUGAGGGAUCAACGUGGAUUUCAUUUUCUGAUGAACAAGUUUAAUGAGGGGAACCCACAAAUUAUUGAAAUGCUCCUCUGGGAAGUCAAGGAUCAUUUGUACGAGCUAAUGAUGGACCACCAAAGCAAUUAUAUAAUUCAAAAUAUUUUUGAAGCUUGUACUGUGGACCAGAUGACCAGGAUUCUUGCCAUGGUUAUUCGAAAUGAGCAGAGGCUUAAGGAAGUUUGCAUCCAUAGUACUGGGACUCGGGCUAUUCAGAAAUUGCUGCAGCAUCUUAAAACACCAGAGCAGAUAUCUACAGCUAUAUUUGCUUUGAAGCGUAUCACUCUCAAAUUGACCAAAAGCAUUAAUGGUGGUUUUGUCAUCCAAGAGUGUUUGAAACUUUUCUCACCAGCACUUACCAAAUUUAUUCUGAAUGAAGUAGCAAAGAAUUGUGUUGAAAUUGCAACAGACAAAAGCGGUUCUCCUAUCCUUCAAAAAUGUCUUGAUCAUGCCAAAGGAGAUGCAAUGAGACAGGUCAUUGAAGAGAUAGUCUCAUAUGCUCCAGUCCUAACUGACCAUCGUUAUGGAAAUUAUGCUGUGCAAUAUGUUGUUAAAAUGAAGAUACCUCAAGUAAAUGCAGCAAUAAUAUCACAACUUGUUGGUAAAUAUGUUCAACUUUCUAUGAACAAGCAUGCCAGCAAUGUGGUGGAAGAUCUCUUAGAAUUCUCGGAAGAAAGUGAUGCUGCUAUUAUAGUUCAUGAGAUCAUGUACAAUCGUAAUUUUUUGGGAAUUCUGCAGCAUCCUUAUGGGAAUUAUGUUGCUCAAAAAGCACUGAAAAAUUCCAAGGGCGCUCUUAACAAAAUGCUUUUAAAUAGUAUUUUGUCCAAUUAUACAUAUUUGCACAACCAUCCCUAUGGGAAAAGAGUUCUGGCACUUGUCAAAUGA